AUGAGUGACUAUGGUUCGUUCGCUCAAAGAGAUGGGUUUUUCACCGAUGAACAUGGAAGGAGUGAUGAGAAAGACUUCGCGUCAACCGGGCAGCAGCUUCCUUCUGGCGAUGUUGGGAAGCAGCUGCCUGCUACAAGCUUUGGGCAAAAAUUUCCACCUCGUACCAGCCAAAAUAUUGAAGAGCUGCAGCUCUCAAAUGACGAUAUUCGCGCACCAGAUCUUGAAGAUGUCAGGAAAGCCGCCAAACGCUUUAUUGAAGCAACUAUUACUAGUACAUACGGCUUACAAAAUCAAUCUGUAGACAAAUGGGGCACCACCUAUAAUGGUGAUGUUGAAGAUACCGAAUUUGCUCAUGUUUUGGACAACUUGCCGACCUCUUACGAUGAUUUUGAAUCAAAAGAACUGCACCUUAAAUUAGAACGUAAUUUAUCGAGUCCACUAAUGACUUGUCAAAGUCCCAAUGCAGAUUCUGGACGUGUAUCUGCUGGUUCGAGUUUGACAAAAUCUUCUAACAUGUAUCUCUGUGAUGCUGGAAGUAAUCCACCAGAUGCGGACGAUCUUGAAGUUGCGAUGAUCAAUCAGUCAUUCGAAGAACAACAAAAGCAAACUAAGCUCUAUGCUAGUCCCGGUUUAAAAGAUCUAUUCUAUUCACAACCGAAUACUACUGACGACCGUGUUACAAUUAAAAAUUUUGACAAGGAAGCAGUUAACAUCGCAAAACAUUCAUUGCUGGUUGCUGCUGAUACCCAUAAAAGUGAUUGCACUGAGGGACCACUUUUCCCUACGGAUUUAUUGCUUGCCGGUGUAUCUACAAAAUCAAUCAUUUCCAAGGAAUCAUUGACAAUUGGUUCACCAUGGACCGUCUACAAAGAAAAUUUUGUAAAAGAGAUUGGAGCACAAAAAACGUCCGGAGGUCAGGAGGUCGCAAACAAUCCGCUGUCACCCAAAGCAAAUAGUGAAUUCAGUUCAGCAUCGCAAGAAGCAUUUGGCAGUUCACUUGUUUCAAUGAAAGUAAUGUCAGCUUUGAUGGGAUCUCAGCAUGUGAAAGGACUUCAGGAUAUUUGUACAUCUGUAAUAGAUGAUAGUAUGGAUGCUACUGAAGCUCUAGCUGUAGAUGUGGUCGAAAGUCUUUUCGACAGAAGCGGGCUGGCUGAAACUUCAUGUACUGCAGGAGAUUUUGAUAACCAGAAUCUGGUAAAAAGCAAUAAUGAAAACGAUGUGCUAAAAUCGGGCAAUGGUAAGCCAACUUCUUUGACGGAAUUAAUAAGUGGUAAAAAGAAAGAAGGAUCGGUAAGUAAAGAACAAAAGGAAAAAGAUGAAACCGUGAUAUCCAGCAGCGAUGCAGUCGAUUCGUGGGAGGAACUUGACAACGAUGACUACAGCUCCAAACUUGUUAAUGAAAUCGAAGUAGCGAUGUGUAAGGUGAAGAUUCGGAAGCCGAAGAUGAAUUACUUUAGUGGACCUUCUGUUGAUCCGUGGGAUGAUAAUUUAUUACCACAUGUUUUGGAAGCCUUCAAUCUUCCUGUUAAAUUUACCGAAGACGAUGUGAAGCAAGAAUUGGCCAAACAUGAUUGUGCGAACGUCGCUAUUUAUCCUGUUGAUGACACGCACUGUUUGGUCGUCUUUGCCUCAAAAAAUGCCGCUCUGCAAGCGAUGAUUGCUGUCCGACAGCAGCAAAGUAUUGCUAAAGUGCGACUUCGUUCGUUGUGUGAUGCAACCAGAGCUACACAAGAAAAAGCUCGUAAAUAUGAAGCAAUCCUUCGCCCUCAUAAGCAACGUCCUCAAACAACACCACUCGUGGCUCGGCGUCUCAUCGAGGGUGCUCUUGGCAAACGCGCGAAUGUUUCGGCACAACAGAUCAGUAAUGAAAGAAAACAGCUGAAAGAUGCGAAAGAUUUGAAACAAGCGAGGGCUGCAGUUUGGGAAGAUGGUCCAUAA